AUGGCGACCGCAGGAAGGAACACACUGUUAUCGGCCAACUCCAAUGUAAAUAACGGCACAGCGGAAAACCAAAACACGGAGGAGGAUGACGGACAGAAUUUAUGGUCAUCCAUACUGAGCGAAGUGUCAACGCGUUCACGGUCAAAACUGCCAUCGGGGAAAAAUGUCGUGGUUAUGGGGGAGGUGGGCUCAGGCAAGACCACCUUGGUGGCAAAGCUGCAAGGUGUGGAGGAGUACAUGAAGGGGCGGGGCCUGGAGUACCUGUACUUCAGCGUUCAUGACGAAGACAUUGACGACCACGCGCGGUGUAACGCGUGGGUGUUGGACGGAGACCUGUAUCAUAAAGGUUUGCAGAAGUUUGCGCUGUGUGCGGAGAACCUGGCAGACUCCCUGGCGCUGUUUGUGGUGGACCUGUCCCGGCCCUGGCUGGCUCUGGAUUCCUUACAGAAAUGGGCCAGCGUGUUGAGAGACUACCUGGACAAGCUCCGAAUCCCACCGGAAACCAUGAGAGAGCUGGAGCACAAACUGGUGAAGCAGUUUCAGGAGUAUGUUGAGCCAGGGAGUGACCUGGACAGCCUCCCCCAGAGGAGAAACCCUGAGUCAGAGGAGGAGAGUGUGGUGCUUCCCCUGGGAGACAACACACUCAUUCACAACCUGGGCCUUCCCAUCGUGGUGGUCUGCACCAAGAGCGAUGGAAUAAGCACGCUGGAGAAGGAACAUGAUUACAGAGAUGAGCACUUAGACUUCAUUCAGUCACACAUGCGCCGUUUCUGCCUGCAGUACGGGGCAGCGCUACUCUACACGUCAAUGAAGGAGAAUAAAAAUCUAGAUUUGUUAUACAAAUACCUCGUCCACAGACUAUACAACUUCCCCUUCAGCGCUCCUGCCCAGGUGGUGGAGAAAGACUCCGUCUUCAUUCCAUCAGGUUGGGACAAUGAAAAAAAGAUAGCCAUCCUACACGAAAAUUUCCAGACGAUAAAAGCAGAGGACAACUUUGAAGACGUAAUUGUGAAACCACCAGUUAGAAAGUUCGUACAUGAGAAAGAAAUUUUAGCAGAAGAUGAUCAGGUGUUUCUGGUGAAGUUGCAGUCGCUGCUGGCCAAACAGCCUCCUGUCUCUACGGGACGACCAGUGGACCCAUCAAACAGACCUCCCUCUGGCUCCCCGAGGACGACCAAUCGUUCGGCGGCAGCCAACGUGGCGAACGUCAUGCCCAUGCAAUCAGGUACAAAGAAGAUUGAUCCCAAUAUGAAAGGAGGCCAGACCAGCGAGGGGGUGCUGGCCAACUUCUUUAACAGCCUUCUCACUAAGAAGGCAGGUUCACCAGCCCCAGGGGGACAGCCCGCAGGGGGAGGGAGCAACACCCCCGGAACAGUCCGGAAGUCAGGCUCUAAACUGGGUUUGACGGAGGUACAAGCAGAGUUGGACCGAAUCUCUAACAAAACUGACCUGGAUUCAGCAGCCACUACACCACCGGCCGAAACCGACCAAUCCUGAGCAAGGGCCGAUCUUCACCUCCCAUCAACCCCGCCAUCUCCCCGUCAACCCCCCUGCCUGCUCCUCCCAGUCAGCCACAUCUGCUC